UUUAGAACUUCAUAGCGGGACGUCCGCGCACCGUUAACGUGACCAACUUGGUGGUAGUAUACCCCGCUAACAAUUGCUGCCGCUGCUUUCUUUGUGGUGAGACCUUCUCCGGCUUCCAGAGCAGUAUCAAGCGGCAUUACCAGCUGGUGCAUCCGGAACUCGUUUUGCCACGCCCACCAGACAGCGGGAUCCCGGCAGAGGUUAUGGACCCACGGCACAGUAGCCAGAAGCCGGAGGAUCCAGAUGUAGUUGAUAUAGUGGAGCUCUCAGACGAUGAACUGAUCGAUGCCGAUGAGAUGAGCUUCUCACAGGCACUUAACCAGACAUCGCCGGUGACUUCAGCGACCUCGUCAAUGAGGAGCACACCUUCGGAUGCAACGACUGCCUCCUCUUCAGCAAUCGGAGCGUGCACGAACGCGUCUGUAGAAGACGCCUACUUUCUACAAUAUCUGGGCAACAAGUUUGGGCAUUAUUCCACACGCACCAAGCAUAUGGUUCAGUUCCAGAUCAAUCAAAUUUUGUACAAGGCCGAUAUGGGCUGCGCCGAGGAAGGUGAAACCAGAAAGUGAAAUUUAUCAAAAAAUUGUCUAGCA